AGAAGAAAAGUUGUGCCUACACUUUCGAAGUGGCCGAAGUCUAUUGUACACUAAAACAUUAAACUGUGGAUCUCAAGACGCAAACGUUGUUCUUUAUUUUCAAUGGCGCGUGUGUCUAUAGCAACCGUUGUUUUAUUGUUGCCUUUCAUACUAACGUUUGUGCAUGUGAUGGCAGAACAAGGCAGUGGGUUGAAGCUGAGAAGACAGAAAAGAGAAUGGAUCAUUCCUCCAAAGAAAUUGUCGGAGAACCGAUAUUACACAGAUUACAUUGCAAAGAUUCGCUCUGAUAAGCAGUACAACUCAACAGUGAUAUACUCCCUGACUGGGAAUGGUGCUGACAAAGACCCUGUGGACUUAUUCCGUGUCAACAAGGACUCAGGCAUCGUCACGAUCCAUGGCCUUUUGGACAGGGAGAAGAAGUCACACUACAAUUUAUUUGGCGUAGCAAAAUAUGCAGAUGGAAGCUAUGCAGAGAAGAACAUUGAACUGAAGAUUAUUGUUGAGGACAUGAAUGAUUGUCCACCAGUGUUUGCUGUCGGCCAAAUUGGAUCUGUUAUGGAGUCUAGUGCUGCAGGAACCUUUGUCAUCAAAGUGAAUGCCACAGAUGACGAUGCACCCAACACUGCUUUCUCUCAGAUUAGGUACAGCAUAGAGGGGAUUAGUAAUUCAGAUGGCAUGUUCUCCAUCAAUGCCCAGACUGGAGAGAUCCUGGUUCAAAAGAUCACUCUGGAUAGAGAGACCAAAGACACAUACACCCUGACUAUAAUAGGAUCAGACAACAAUGGAAAGUCGGGUGGAAACACAGGAACAGGACAAGUUGUUAUUAAAAUCCUGGACAUCAAUGACAACAUCCCCACCCUGGAGAAAGAAUAUUAUGAAGGGGAAGUAGAGGAGAAUACGUUUAAAGAAGUGUUGAGGAUCCAAGCCAUUGAUCUAGAUCAGCAGUUCACUGACAACUGGCUGGCUGUGUUUACCAUUGUGAGUGGCAAUGAGGCUGGCUACUUCAAUAUCUCAACUGACUCUAAGACCAACGAGGGCAUUAUAUGGAUCCAAAAGCCACUGGACUACGAGGAGCUGACUGAGAUCAGCCUUGUCAUAAGGGUUUCCAACAAAGCAGAGUACUACUUUGGGUCCUCUACGAGUGGAUCCAGUGGAGGAGAUGCAGCAAAAAACACGUACACCGCCAAGAUCAAAGUAAUCAACCAAAAUGAGGGCCCCACAUUCCAGCCCAAGGUCAAAGUGGUGACCAUCUCUGAAGACUCCACCACGGUCACCAUUAACAAGGUCAUCACCACCUACACAGCCAUUGACAUUGACACACGAUUGACUGCUACCAAUGUAAGGUAUGCCAAAUUAAACGAUGUAGACAACUGGGUGAGCAUCAACGAAAAGACUGGAAAUAUCACACUAAACAAACUGCCUGAUCGGGAGUCCAUACACCUGGUCAAUGGAACAUACAACGUUGUGAUUAUAGCCGUCACAAAUGAUCUGAUCGCUAAAACGGCUACAGGGACAAUUGCUAUCCAGGUGGAGGACUUCAACGACCACUGUCCCACACUGACAGCUACCACUACAACCAUGUGUCUCGGGAAAAAUGCUGUGUAUGCUACAGCUGUGGAUGGAGACAGCUUCCCAAACGGAGCUCCCUUCAAGUUUCGAGUGAUUCAGAAGGACAGUAACCAGAAGUGGACAGUGGAGAACCUCAAUGCCACUACGACCAUUUUACGAGAUCAUGCCCAACUUUGGCCGGGUUACUACAAGGUGGACAUGGAGAUAACUGACCAGCAGGGGAAGGCCUGUGCUGAGGUCCAGACUCUGAAUGUAGCUGUGUGUACCUGCCAUGAGGUUAAUGAGGUGUGCCUUGCCCGACAGUCCGACACCAAUGUCACAUUAGGAGCACCUGCCAUUCUGCUGCUUCUCCUGGGCCUCCUGUUGUUGCUGCUGGUGCCGCUCCUGUUGCUGUUCUGUCUCUGUGGAGGGGCGGCGGCCAUGGGAGACUUUAAGGCGAUUCCAUUUGACAGUAAAGGAGGCCUGAUCACAUAUCACACUGAGGGACAAGGAGAAGACAAGGAAGUGCCUCUCAUGCGAGUUCCUUUCGGGAGUGACCACGGGGACAUAGGAAGCUCCAUAAAAAAUACAGACUUUCAAGCAGGAGCUGGUGUAGGGUCAGGAACAGGAUUAGGAAUGGGAUCAGGAGCAGGAAUGGGAUUAGGAAUGAGAUCAGGAGCAGAAAUCAGAUUAGGAAUGAGAUCAGAAGCAGGUAUGGGAUUAGGAAUGGGAUCAGGAGCUGGAAUGGGAUUAGGAAUGGGAUCAGGAGCGGGACAGGUUCAGUACAAGAGGCAGAUCAACCAGUACCAUGAAAACCAGGUGGACAGUGCCUUGGGUAGGGGAACCACCACGAUGGAUUAUCAUAGAAAUGCCUUCUCUAGAAAUGAAGGUUACAACGAUGGAAUGGCUCUCUCUGAGGGAUUCCUAGAACAAUACUACUCUGCAAAUGCCAAAAGCACUGCGCAGAACGACCACCAGAAAGAUUCUCUGCUGAUCUAUGAUUAUGAAGGUCAUGGGUCACCAGUAGGAUCAGUAGGCUGCUGUAGCCUCCUAGGGGGCGAUGAUGACCUGGAAUUCCUCAAUGACCUGGGGCCCAAGUUUAAGACCCUGGCAAAAAUCUGCCAGGGGUCCAUGGCUACAGAAGUUGAGACUGUCCACAACUCUGUCCACUCAUCUAGCUCGAGGCCUACCACCUCUACUCACAAAGACUUCAGCAGAGAUGUCUCUCUCACUGGCAACACCCUUAUCACCUCCGCUUCCGCCUCAAACUCCUCCACCCAAAUCCAGGAGAGUCUGGUUCGUCCUGUGGGCUCGGCCACCAUCUCCAAGGUUCACGUCCAGGAAAAUGUGGGGAUACCUGGCCAGACCCUUCUCAUCCAACAGCCCAACAUGUACUAUACUGCUGCCCCCAUGUAUGUAGUGGAGAACCAGCCCAGGUUGGUGCUUGUGGAUCAGAGAGGGGGAGGGGGUUAUGUCAAUGCCCAGGCGGCUUUAGGCCAGAUGGGGUUAGGUAUGGGUCAGGGGAUGGUGCAUGCUGGAGAUCUUAGUGGUUCUCAGGGUAUGUUGUUAGUGGAGAGGCAGGUAGGAGUGGGUGGUCGUGGGGGAAGCCAUGGUCACAUUGUUAUGGGAGGAGGCCAGAUCCCUCAGGGAGGGGGCCAAACCAUUACCAGGGAAAGUAAUGUAGAAAUGAGACAAACCACUACGCAGGGAGGCCAUGUUCUUCAGGGAGCUCGUGUUGAAGCAGGUGGAGGUUUUUUGCGGGGAAGCCUGUCGGGGUCCAGGAAUGUCCUGGUUGUUGAGAACAGAUCUGGAACUGCUCCGGCAGCACAGGGCAGUACAGGUUUAGGGGAAACCCAGUUUACCCUGCACAGAGGCCAGGGGUCAUCCUCCACCUCCUCAUCAGUCCAUGGGUUAGAGGUCACAGGUGAAGGUGUAAAGGUGUAAAGGUGAGAGGUCAGAGUAUUCCUUAUUCAUUGAUUUCCAGCUCCCGGCUUGGCUUGGUGGGUCAAGUGAAGUUGAGAACUCUUCUGCUACUGUCACAAUCACAACAACGCCCAACCCUCCACCACGCCAGUCCUCUGUGGUGCAAGAGAAGAACAUCUGUCUCACAAAGAAAUACAAAGCAGAAUUGGCGUAGAAACAACCUCAGCUUAAUAACAUACUGUAUAGCCAAGUCACUGUGGGUUUAAACAUGUUUUCUUUUUUAGUCAAAUAGAAAACGGUGAGGGGAGUGGAAAGGUAGUCAGUCAGAGGUUGGUGCUGUUCAGAAAUAAAAUGUCUAAUGUCUUCACUGCAAGAAAAACCAUUAACAUGAUUGUGUGAAUGUACAAUACUUCUACUAAUUGUUUAUUAACACUGCUGUUUUAUGUUGCUUUUAGUUUUUACUGGAGCCAGGUUCUUUAUAUUGCCAGUUGGUAUUUAAUCCUGACAUAAAUAGUGUAGAAAUCAGUUUAAGUUACAGGACUUUAUUACAGAUGUAGAAAUGUAUAGUUAAAGUUCAUGAAAUCCUAGAAUGUAAUCAGUAUAUGAAUAGAGUCAAAUAUUUGUUUCAACAUUAAAAUAAUUAUUAUGGGUGGCUUAUUAAUUUCUCAGAUUAAUAUAUCUGUGUUUCAUUUGGUUUUGACCUAACUAUUGUAAAUAUUACAUUUUAUAACAUUUUAUUUUUUGCUACUUUUAUAUAUCCUUUAUCUCACAAUAUUAAACCUUUUUAGGGAAGAUUCACAUAAAAUUGUUAAAUGUCAUGGAAGAUAAAACACUUGUAGAGAUCAUGUGAGAUCUCUGCAAUUUGUGUAUUAUGCUACUGAUUUUUUAUCAGUGCUGACCUUGUUGUAAGCAAGCCCUCCCUGAGGGAUUUGAUGAAAUGGCUGCUUAUUCUGAGAGAACAAUAAACAUCUUAUUGUCAUGCGUAAGCCA